GUGAGGGCGGGGGUUGGGGCGGAGAGGAAAAAGCGAGAGAAGAGCCUGACGGAGCUGGAGCUGCCAGAAGCGGAGACCGAUGUUUACAGCGGGCCGAGAUCUUCCUGGAUAACACAAUGCCAGCUGAGCGGAAGAAGUCGGCGAGCAUGGAAGAAAAAGAGACACCCUUAAGUAACAAAGAGAAGGAGUUUGGGGAGAGGCGGUCAGUGAGCAGCCGGGACAGGCCCAAAGAGGAGGUCAGGCUGGGCAUGAAGAGGGAGAUGCUCAAGCCAUCCGAAGAUAAGAAGAAGAAAAUGGAGGAGGAGAAGCGGAAAAAGGACGAGAAGGAGUGGAAGAAGAAAGAGGACGAGAAGAUAAAAUCGGAGGAGGAGCAAAAGAGGAAGGAGGAGGAGGAGAAACAAAAGCUUGAGGAGGAGGAGAAGAAGAAGCAAGAGGAAGAGAUGAAGCUGCAGCAGGAGGAAGCGGCUGCCAAGUUGAAAGAGAAAGAAGAGGCCCACCAGCUGCACCAGGAGGCUUGGGAGCGCCACCAAGCCCGGAAGGAGCUUCGGAGCAAGAACCAGAACGCCUCGGAAAGCCGCCCGGAGGAGAACUUCUUCAGCAGGCUGGACUCCAGCCUGAAGAAGAACACGGCCUUCGUGAAGAAGCUGAAGACCAUCACCGAGCAACAGAGGGACUCCUUGUCCCAUGACUUCAACGGCCUCAACUUGAGCAAGUACAUCGCUGAGGCCGUGGCCUCCAUCGUGGAGGCCAAGCUGAAGAUCUCCGAUGUCAACUGCGCCGUGCACCUCUGCUCCCUCUUCCACCAGCGCUACGCCGACUUCGCCCCCUCGCUGCUCCAGGUCUGGAAGAAGCACUUCGAAGCCAGGAAAGAAGAGAAAACGCCCAACAUCACCAAGCUGAGGACCGACCUGCGCUUCAUCGCCGAGCUGACCAUCGUCGGGAUCUUCACCGACAAGGAGGGCCUCUCCCUCAUCUACGAGCAGCUGAAGAGCAUCAUCAACGCUGACCGGGAGACCCACACCCACGUCUCCGUGGUCAUCAGCUUCUGCCGGCACUGCGGGGACGACAUCGCGGGCUUGGUGCCCAGGAAGGUGAAAAGCGCGGCGGAUAAGUUCAGCCUGAGCUUCCCCCCCAGCGAGAUCAUCAGCGCGGAGAAGCAGCAGCCUUUCCAAAACCUGCUGAAGGAAUAUUUCACCUCGCUGACCAAGCACUUGAAAAGGGACCACAGGGAACUGCAAAACAUUGAAAGGCAGAACAGGCGUAUUCUGCAUUCUAAAGGGGAAUUGAGUGAAGACCGGCAUAAACAAUAUGAAGAAUUUGCUAUGUCUUAUCAGAAGCUGUUGGCAAACUCUCAAUCUUUAGCAGACCUCCUGGAUGAAAAUAUGCCAGAUCUCCCCCAAGACAAACCUGUUCCGGAAGAACAUGGCCCUGGAAUUGAUAUUUUUACCCCUGGCAAACCUGGGGAAUAUGAUUUGGAGGGCGGAAUCUGGGAAGACGAAGAUGCCAGGAACUUCUACGAGAACCUUAUUGAUUUAAAAGCGUUCGUGCCAGCUAUCUUGUUUAAAGACAAUGAGAAAUGUUCUCAGGCCAAAGACUCUGGCAGGGACGACUCCAGAGAGCUAAAAGAAACUAAGGAAAACAAAGAUAUAUCCGUCACGGAAGAUCUAGAACUGGAACUAGAAAACUUGGAUAUUAACGAUGAGACCCUUGAUCUAGAUUGCGGGGAGGAAGCAGAAGACCUCACAAAAAAACUUCUUGACGAACAAGGCAAGAAACAGGGAGCAGAUAGCACCGGAGCUGAAAAUAGUGACGGAAAGCAAGCUGCAAGAAAACAAGAAGAUGAAGAAACCAGCACAGGAUCGCACCUAAAACUUAUAGUAGACGCUUUUCUUCAGCAGCUCCCCAAUUGUGUAAAUAGAGACCUCAUAGACAAGGCAGCCAUGGAUUUCUGCAUGAAUAUGAACACCAAGGCUAACCGAAGGAAAUUAGUCCGGGCCCUUUUCAUCGUGCCGCGGCAGAGGCUGGAUUUGCUGCCUUUCUAUGCACGGCUAGUUGGCACGUUGCACCCCUGUAUGUCCGACGUAGCAGAAGACCUCUGUUCCAUGCUGAAGGGGGACUUCAGAUUUCAUGUGAGAAAGAAGGACCAGAUCAACAUCGAGACAAAGAACAAAACCGUGAGGUUCAUUGGAGAGCUAACGAAGUUUAAGAUGUUCUCCAAAAGUGACACGCUGCAUUGUUUAAAGAUGCUCCUGUCCGACUUCUCCCAUCACCAUAUCGAGAUGGCCUGCACUUUGUUAGAGACCUGUGGUAGAUUCCUCUUCAGGUCUCCGGACUCCCAUUUGAGGACCAGCGUCCUUUUGGAGCAAAUGAUGCGGAAGAAGCAAGCGAUGCACCUUGACGCGCGCUACGUCACGAUGGUGGAAAACGCCUACUACUAUUGUAACCCUCCCCUAGCGGAGAAAACGGUGAAAAAGAAACGCCCUCCCCUCCAGGAAUACAUUCGGAAACUGCUGUAUAAGGAUCUGUCCAAAGUCACCACUGAAAAGGUUCCUUUUUUUUUCUUCCUCUGUAGCCGAGGAUCUAAACGGAGAGAGAUUAUCCGUAAUUAGAAUGGAACGGAAUUGGGGUGGAUGGAAUUGGACGAUUAAACGGAUUAACAUUUUUGUGUCUCCCUGUUUUGCGAUCCUUAAGGGAUGUGGGCCCGUUCUGUAAGCGGAGAACCAAGUGGGGAACCAGAUAUUUUAAAAUUCAACCAUGGCGGGCCUAAACGUUGAGCUUAAAAUGACGAUAUGGAAUCAAUAUUUGGUUCAGAGAUCAAAUAACGUUUCUCAGGUCUCUUAUAGAUAAUUAAGUUUUUCUACAUAGUUUUUCUGCAGUAAGUUUAAUGU